GAACAGACUUCUGCCCAAGUCCUAAUACAAAAUGUUCAAGUUGAAUACAUGCCUCCUACUGGCAAUAGGUAUUUUAGUUAUAUGCUCCCAUUCAUGUGCUGAGAAAAAAUCCAAAAAAUAUUCGAAAGAGGCAAAUGACCCGCAUUUCUCGCAAGUCAAAAGUGAAACCUAUGAUCCCGAUUUCCGUACAUUGCAGAGACCAUUUAGAAUGGCAAAAUUAAAUUUGGUGUGGUCCAAAGCACAAAAUAGAUUGACUGAGCCGAAACUAAAAUCAUUGUACAUGGAACUAAAGAUUCAAGACAAAGAGGAAAUAACAUGGAAGCAAUUAAAUUCGCAACACAAGGAUAAAGAUGGCCUUAAGGAAAAUGAGUUGCGUCGCAAGCUAAUAGGCAUAAUGAGUUCGUAUGAUUUGUUGGAACAUUUCGAGGAAACUGAGGACAAGGAGAAGGUUAAGCCCUACAAGAAGUUUCACGAUCCCGAAGAACGCCACAUCAACAAAAGCCUCUUUAAAGAUAAGAAACUAAAUAGACUAUGGGAAAAAGCAGAAGUUUCGGGUUUUACAGCAGAAGAAUUGAGUUCAUUGAAACAAGAAUUCGAACAUCAUCAAGACAAAGUUGAUGUCUAUUACAGUCUGUUGGAAAAUUUGGGAAACAAUGUCGAUGUAAAUAAGCACGAGAAUGCCAUAAAUGAGGAUGAAAUGGAAAACUUCAACAUGAUUUCCAAUGAUCCUAAUGACAAUGAAAUCGAAACACCUGAGGCAACCCGCAGCAAAUAUCAGAAUAACAUCAACCAGGUUCGAGACCAUCAUCGAGGUAUUAAGGAUCAUUACGAACGUCUGGAGCGUCUAGUAUCAUCGGGCCCUCACAGUCAGGAUUUUAUAGAACCCAAAGUUCAAGGCCUCUGGCGUGUGGCUCAAUCUAGCAACUUUAGUCAAAAGGAGUUGUCUUCAAUCAAAACUGAGCUACAUCAUUUUGAGUCGCGGCUUUUAAAGCUUCGUCAUUUGCAUGCCGAACAUGCUUUGCAAAAGGAAAAAUACAAGAACGAAAAACAUCAAGACAAAACAAACCGUUUUGAUGAGCUAGAGGAAACGCUUAAAAAGCAAACCCGCAAAGUGGAGAAGAUACAGGAAAAUAUAGAAAAAACUAUUUUCAAACAUUCUGAACUUUGACUUGAAUGUGAUUAAGCAAGCAAGCAGCUGGUUUCACUGAUAACUAAUGCUCGAAAUAUAAGCCAAAAUGAAUAAAAUUUAAAAUUUUUGUAGACUUAAGAUAUUGUAAUUGGAAUGUAUGAAUGUGUUAUGUGAAUUUAAUGUGAAAUAUUUUUGAUAGGUCUGUGUAUAAUUAUAUGAAAAUAACAUAUCUCUUUUUUAACA